CCGUUUAACUUGAAAGGGAAAAACGUAGCAAAGAUAUCUGUUAUCGCUCUCUGUUUAUUGCGAAAGGAUAAAUCCAUGGAGAUUGAAGAUGGGUCUACCCGAACCGGGCACGUCACGUGCGGGUCAUGGAUCCGUCGACCCGAGAAAGCGAACUGGGUCGUUCUGGGCAGAGCCGCGAGACGCCGUGGCUCGUCUGUUCUCUCUCCUGGCGUCAUUGAGAUCUUCUCCUUCGAUCCCAGGACUUCAUCUCUCUCCUCGUCUCCUCUGGCAACACAUACGCUUGAAGAGAGCGAUGGUGAUCCAAUUGCAACUGCAGUUCAUCCCGGGGGAGAUGAUUUUGUUUGCUCGACCACCAAAGGGGGUUGCAAGUUGUUUGAGGUCUGUGGAGGAGAGACGGUUAUUAAGAUCUCAGACCAAAAACCCCUUCCUCUUGAAGUUGUCGGACCACAGAAGUGCUUGGUCUUCAGCUUUGAUGGAUCUAAACUUGCUGCUGGAGGAGUGGAUGGAUGUCUGAGAAUUCUGGAGUGGCCAAACCUUCGUUUAAUCUUGGAAGAGCCAAAGGCACACAAAUCUAUCAAGGAUAUGGAUUUUAGCCUUGACUCGGAGUUCUUGGCCACAACAUCAACUGAUGGAUCGGCAAGAAUAUGGAAAGCAGAAGAUGGUUUUCCCUUGGCAACUCUUGCACGAAAUUCGGAUGAAAACAUCGAAUUAUGUCGGUUCUCUAAAGAUGGAACGAAACCAUUCUUGUUUUGUGCUGCUCAGAGAGGUGAUACGCCCGUGGUCAAUGUCUAUGACAUCAGUACAUGGAAGAAAAUUGGGUUCAAGAAGCUGAUAAGGAAGGCUGCUUCCACGAUGGCAGUGAGCCUGGACGGAAAAUAUCUUGCUCUGGGCAGCAAAGAUGGAGAUGUCUCGGUUGCCGAAGUCAAGACCAUGGAGAUUUACCAUUAUAGCAAAAGGUUACAUCUUGGCCAAUCUAUUGCUCUAUUGGAGUUCUGCCCUAGUGAGAGGGUUUUGCUGACAUCUUCAACCCAAUGGGGAGAGAUGGUCACCAGACUCUCUGUACCCUCCGACUGGAAAGACUGGCAGAUCUAUCUACUGCUCUUGGGACUGUUCAUGGUGUCGGCCAUUGCUUGUUACAUAUUCUUCAAGAACUCGGAUUCUUUUUGGAACUUCCCGUUGGGGAAAGGACAGACGAGACCAAAGGUUAGCUUUUUCGGGGACUCGAAGCCAUCUGAUGAUCAAUCCAAGGGGAACCCGUUCGGACCUGUUGAGUUGUGAUAUGCCCUUUAAAGCUCCUUCUCCUGGGUUUUCUUCAGACACUGCUUCAGUCUUUUUUUUUUCUUAUUUAUUUAUUUAUUUUCAAGUUUAUUGGGAGAUGACAUUCUUAUGUUGUUUUCGUGUAGUUUGCGUUAUUAUUUGAUUGCAGAAUACAUUUUUGGGAGAUAUUUAUUUUUGUCAUUCA